GCGUCCUCGUUGUCCUCUUGCCCCUGUCCCAUGUAGUCACCUCCAUUUUUGCCUCGCGCUUCACACCUCCACCAGUAUGCAGUUCCGCUACCUCGCCUUCUUCCUCGCGGCCGCUUCGGCGAUGGCGUCCGAGCACCACCACCACCGCCACCACCGUCACCACGACGCUGAAGAGUCCUGCACCAACGUCAGCGUCGAAGGCGACAGCACGUACUGCAUCCGCGGUCCCAUCUGCUCGGGCUCGACCAACGGUAGCGGUGCGUGCCCCAAGAAGGGCGAUACGGCCGUUGCCAACUGCGUCAGCAACAUCCCGAGCUACGUGAGCGCCGGUGUGUGCAAGGCCAAGCGCGACGCGGUCUGCACCAAGCUCAAGACGGGUGCCUUUGGGUGUGCCUACCCGCGCGCUGAGACGGAAGUCAUGGCUGCCGACGUCGAAGCCGCCUGCACCAACGUCAGCGUCGAGGGCGACGCCACGUACUGCAUCGACGGGUGA